AUGGCUCUUCUCUACCAUUUCAACAAUGUUUCUUUGUUGUUUGGUUUUGUACGGGUUCUCGAGGAGAAACUCGAAAAGGGUUCUUUCUCUUUGGGACAAACAUUGUCCAAGGCUAGCUUGCUUGCCCUUGAUUCUGCUUCUGUUUUCUUGGUGGAUCCUGCACUUGCUUUCAAGGGAGGACGGCCUUAUGGAUUUGAAGUAACAAGGGGACAAGACUUAACCGGCAAAGAUUUUAGUGGCAAGACAUUGAUCAAGCAAGAUUUCAGGACAUCCAUACUUCGACAAGCCAAUUUCAAAGGCGCGAAAAUGCUCGGUGCUAGCUUCUUCGAUGCCGAUUUGACAGGAGCCGACCUUUCCGAAGCUGAUCUUAGGGGUGCAGAUUUUUCUCUGGCAAAUAUAACAAAGGUAAAGAUCAAUCACAUGUUAGGUGUAUAUCUUUUUGGUAUUGGAAAGAUCUUUUAA